CCAAAGGCCCGACCUGCGCGCAGGUGCUGCUGCAUUGCCACAGCACAGGCGGGCCGGAGCGGUCGCUGGCAUCGCACGGCCCUGCUUUGCGUCCCGGCUUCCUCCUUUCUGCAUACGCGAGUGCAGCACCCAGCAUACGAAGAACAGGAAAGUUGCGCUGUGAAAUGCAUUCGGUUUCAGAGGACGAAAUGUACUUGUAUGGAUGAACAGCGAAGCGGCCAGGUAUGAAGCACCGUGCUCUGUGAUACUUAUGUUGCUGGUUCUCACCACUGGAGGAUGGCUGCCAUACUCUGUGAAAAUUGUUCUGGUCAGUACCACUAUGCCCAGGUCAACCAACCGCUUGAAAUCAGCUGCAUGUUGCUCCUGAUUAUGCUCGGAAAAGUGUUCCUUGAUUUCUUCAUGUUGCAAGUCAAGCAAAAAAAUGUGAAAGUUAGUUUUAUGGGAUACUUUUGUGUUUCACUUGCACUUCUUGAUUUCAUGCUGCUGACGAGUAUCUCUUUCACUUUCUAUUUUGAAGACUUUGCACUGUGGGGUGUGCGAUUUACAAAGUACCACAUUUGCCUGUUCACUCAGAUAAUUUCUCUUACCUACGGCAUUUUGCAUUACCCGGUGUAUCUCAUGGCUGGUCUGGAUUAUUACGUGACUAUAGCCCAAACCUCUCGAUUUCCCCAAAGAGGUCAAAGAUUACUUUAUGUAUUUGCCGUGGUUGUGAUAUGGACUUCAGGGUUUUUUUUCAUUCUGAAAGUUCCCGCUGUCUAUGAAGAACUAGAAAUUCAGAACCACGUUUCUCCCUAUCAGUGUCCACUCUAUGCCAGCCUGCAGAGCUACUCGGUCUCGUGUGCCAUGGUGCUGCUCAUCGGCACGGCUCUCCUGGCUUGUCGGAAGGAAGUUACAACCAUGCUGCUGUCUGUCAGGGUAGUUUCCUUUGCCAGUCAGCCUGUCCUGAUGUUCUCCCGUGUGUCUAACAACAACGGCCCUUGCUUUAAGUGGCAGCUCCUGACCAGACUCCUCAUCUGUUUUCUUGGCACUUGGGCACCUUUUGUUGUUCUUCAAAUUAUCAUUUUGUUCCUCGGUGCUCGGAUUCCAGCCUACAUGGAGAUGAACGUCCCCUGGCUGUACUUCAUCAACAGCUUUCUCAUCGCAGUAGCAUACUGGUGUCGAUGUCAUGAUGUUGACUUGACAGAGGAGAUGUGGUCUACGGAUCCAUUUGUCAGCUGGAAAUUCUGCUUUAUACCGUUUAACAAUGAAAACACAGAGCCAGCUGAUAAGCCAGGCACAGUAAUUGUGAUCUGUUAAUGAGCUGCUGACUGAAAAGACUGAAGUGUGUGCUCUGACAUUCUGUGACGGUGUCCUUACAGAUAAUACAAGGAAACAUCUCCAGAGCUACAACCCACGGAAAAGAGCCCAGCGUAGACCAAUAAGGCCACGUAUUGCACGCUUCCACGCCGGGUUCCAGUGGGCAGGAAGCACCUGCCAGUUCAGAGAAUCUAACUUGAGGAUACGGGUUUAAGAAGAGACCGCUGCUUACAAAAACCAAGCUUUCAGUUGAGCCUUCUGUUUAUUACUAGAAUUUUACACCUGCUUUAAACGGAAUGAUCUCAGGUCUUGUAGUACAAAAUGCAAUAAAGCCUUCUUCAAAGCUGGAGCCCUUUCAACACGUAUGUACACGUGUCAACCUGCUGUCAAAGGUUCAAACAACUUCUGCUAUUUUUGAAGCAUAUUUUCUUGUCCAAGUGCGACUCUUUGUCAGUUUGAUUUCAGUUGAGAGUUAUUGUCUGUUUGACAAGAAAGAAAUUGUUUUAAGUCACAUAAAGCUACGACUCCUACGGAAAUACAAACUUUGUUUACUUAGUACAAAAAUAGUGCAAGAUGUGCAGUUUCCACAACUACAGGAAAGGUGGUGAUGUUUCAUUAUUUCUGUGCUACUGCUCCUCUAAUGUAUAUAUGUACAUAUUAAAAAUUAAAUAAUUACAGUCAGAGUGAGAAGCAACAAGGUUAGUUGCUAUACAUCAACACGCGCCCAAGGUUAAAGAAUGGGUUAAUUUAAAAUAUAGUUUAUUUUGAAACCAAAAUGACUUUAAAAUAGCUAAAUUGGAAGUGGGACUACUUCAGCAGGGGGGGAGAAUUAGUCAGGCUUCUAGCAAAAAUACUCUCUUAAUUUUCAAAUUCUUACAGUUUUUCUGAAGGUCUUGAUUUAAGUUUGUAGAAGAGAAAUAAAUGAUACGCAACCAAAGCAGACAAAUGGAAGUCGCAUUUAUUUCUGAAGCACUGAACUCACAAUACAAUGCUGUAUUGAAAUAGAAACUAUAUCAGUAAAUGAUGCCGUGGGUUGGUUAAUCAUUCACCCAGACCCACAGGGAACAAUGAUAACACACAAGAAUACUCAUUAAGAAAAAUCUGCAGAUAAUAACAAAAGGUGCAAUUACAAGCAAGUUUAAGCAGCAUAGUAUAAGGUGCUUUGUUUCAGCAUUUGUGUGAUGAAUUCACCCAUUAACAGACGGAUUAAAGAAAUUUCACUUCUACAGAUCAUAACAAAUGAGAGAAUCUAAAAUUCAUUCACAUGCUACUUGGUAACAGAAAGUGCUUUUUAAAAAAAGUGAUUCACAAAGAUCGUAUUUUUACAUAGUUCACUGUGUGCUCUUCAACUGCAAAAUGUAAUUUUUGGGUUAUAAUUUACAUUAUUAUAUAUCAAUUAUAGACAUAGAUUUAAUUGCAGAAUUUAAUGCUACGUGGGCUAAAACUUCUUAUAAAAGAAUAUUCCAGUAUAUCACUCCAUAAGAAUACACAAUCACAUCUCAGUCAUAUAUUAAUCUUCCAUUUCUGCAAUAUAUCAAAGUCCAAUUAUCAUUCUGGCUUAUAACUUCACCCCACCUAGUGCCUCUUUCACCCACAGUCUGGUAAAUUACUUUGAGGUUUCAGUGAUGUAAUCAAAAGGACACGAGCAUUUUUAAGCAGUAGAAAAUGGUUUGGGGAAAAAUCUGUUAAACGGGCCAUCAAAAGGACAGUAAAUGAGCAAAAACUGGAUUUUAAAACUAGUGCAAUAAGAGGAGGCAAUGCUUAGCAACAUAGUUCGAAGCGUUUGGCACCGCAAAUAAUUUCAUUCUUGAUGCUGGAAAACGUAUUUGGAGGAAAUUCUAUUUCCAUGCUAAAAGUAGGAAAGCGCGUACAAUGUUAACUUGAAAGACAACCCUAAGCAGUCGCUGCCUGCUCUCUCAGAUUGCAAUUGCAGUUAAUUGGCGCUUGAGCUGCUAUAGGUUAAACUGUGCCUGAACACAUGGGUUUUGACGCAGCAUUUCUUCAGGUUUUAUAUAAACUGGACACCCACUGAAAUGGGGCUGACAAAAUUAUUUACAAAACCUAAUUCCAUUUAAAAACCAGCAAAUAUCUCAAAGAUAGUAAAUGCACCAGGCAUUUCAGAAGAUCAUGAAGUAACUAAUCCCUACAGACUCGGCAGGCAAGGGAAAAUUCCUAAUUUAAAGUUCAUUUAACACCAGAUGAAGGCAAGGUUACUUUCAAGAGCAUACAUUUCAGCUGCUCCCGUUCUGUGUGGUUUGUCUCACCCUUCCGGUUCAUUAGCAUAUACAGAACUGGAACCGCAAGAAGCUGGGGAAGGCUGCUGAUGCAUUUUAUUUGUCAGUGUGGUUCAGCUUCUCAACCCGUAAUUCAAGUUUACACAACCCCAUCUAUCCCGAUGUGGCAGAAUUCCCAUUGUCGCUGCAGCGCUUCCAAAGCCAUUUUAGGUUUUUAAAAUUUUAUUUUUUUUUUACAGGGAAGCCCCCCCCCCCAUGCAGCCAGAGCGAGUAUCAACGUGCUGAUGUCAUUGUAUUAUUACCAAAUUCCUUCUUCCAUCCUCUUUGAGGAAAUGGGCCAGAAAGCAUCAACCUUUAGGCUGUCGCUACACCACCGAGUAGGGAACAGUGGCACUGCAGGUCUUCACGUAGCACCCAACCGUGGCCCACAGCCCGCCAAGUGACCGUCCUACAAUACACCAGUAGCAGCUCUCUUUGUAAGCCCGCUUCGACCCUUCGCUUUUUAUGGCGGGAGAC